GUGAUGAAAUUUGCUGCACAGACUCGCAACAACAUGAGUGUUGGUGAGCUGUGGUUCAGGCUACUACGAUUUUACUGUUUGGAGCUUGACAUUGCCAAUACUGUGGUGUCCAUCCGGACUGACCAGCAAAUACCACGAAAUACCAAACCGUGGAACAGCAAAAAACUUGCUGUUGAGGAUCCUUACAUGCUGAAGAAGAAUGUUACUGGCAUGGUCAACCAAGCUCAUGUAUGCGAGUACUGGGAAGAUUGCAUUCGUCGGGCACUUCACUACUUUGGCUUUCCUCGAGAUGCAGAAGGCAGAUCACACAUUCCUAUAGAUGCCUUCAUAAAAAUGAUUCAGAACAAUGAAACCACAGAAGCAGCUACAGAGGAAGAUAAAGCAGUUCAACAGUCUGCUGUUGGUGAUGGAUCUGUUCAAACAAAUAAGACGGAUAGGACACACAAAACACAAUACCAAAAAAAUUCUCAACAGCAAACUCUACCAAAGGAUGAUCAGAGUAGUUCAGAUUCAGGAAAUGAUGAUUUCAGCGACUCUGAUACUGAAGAUAGUGAUGAUGAUGGUGUAACUGAAGAUCAGCAUUCUGCAGGCACUGAAAAUCUGCAUAAACAGUCAUCAGAAAUUUCCGCUGGUUCUAAGUCGCAGACAAAGUCAGCUGCCUUAAAAAAGCUAGGAAAUCAUUCUAAGCCUGCUGUGCUCUUGGAAAACCAGAGCUUAAGAAAGGACAUUUCAGAUUCUGGUAUUAGCGAUGGUUUAUCUCAAACCCCAGACAAUGGCUAUUUUCCUCAUCAAGUUAUGCAAGAAGGAUCUGUCGGCUCAUCCCCUAAUGACAGUAAACAUACUGUCAUUACAUCACAGACUGACAGCUUGUCUCAUGCUAGUAAACAACUGUCACUGUCCAGCUUGGGUUCACCUGCUGAAGCAGCCACUGGUGAUGCCACUGAUCACUUGAAAUUAACUGAAGCCAUGAAUGAUAUUUUUCUCUUACUGGAAAAGAGAGAUUGCUACUAUGUUUUUUCUAAAGAAGUUCUGACUGAUGGGAAGGGCCCAGUCUUGCUUUGUGCUUACUGUGAGAAGACCGGUCAUCUGAAAAAUGCAUGCCCUGAAGACAAAUUGCCAGAGAUCUUUCCGCUGCCACCACUUACAGCCCUACAUGUGAAGGUUUUGUCUGAAACUCUUAGCCGACUGCCAGGACUUGUUGGGCUCAGUUCAUGUGGAUCUUCUAGUCGUUUCAGCUUUUUGAAAGAUUUAGAAGCAUUCAUUAGAACUCAUUUUGAUGAUGCCAACUUGACAUUGUUUGGCUCCUCUUGCAAUGGAUUUGGCUUUGAGAGAAGUGAUAUGGACAUCUGCUUGACCUUCAGCCAAAGGAAGAUAAUUGACAAGCCGUGGGUGAUUGAAUCCUUAGCCAGAAAAAUGAAACAGUCCAAGGAUCUCAUUAGGGUACAAGCCAUUUCAACUGCCAAAGUGCCUAUUGUCAAGUUUGUUGUCAGAAACUUGGGUCUGGAAGGUGACAUCAGCCUCUACAACAUCCUGGCACAGCAUAAUACCAGACUUUUGCUUUGUUAUAGUCAGAUAGACCCUCGAGUUCAGAUCUUAGGAUAUGCCAUCAAACACUUUGCCAAGGUCUGCGAUAUUGGAGAUGCAUCUAGAGGCAGCUUGUCAUCGUAUGCCUAUAUUCUCAUGAUGAUUUACUACCUCCAGCAGGUGUCGCCACCAGUGCUUCCAGUUCUACAGGAGUUGUAUGAGAGCAAAGAGAAGCCACAACUUAUUGUUGAAGAAUGUGAUGUGUGGUUCAUGGAUGACCUCAAAAAGUUGAAUACACUGUGGUCGGAUAAGGGCAAGAACAAGAUGUCCCCUGCAGAACUCUGGAUAGGUUUUCUGCGCUUCUAUGUUGAAGAGUUCAACUGUAAGGAGAUUGUGGUUUCUAUCCGCCAGAAGGAGCCAGUGACACGGUUUGAUAAGCUGUGGAAUGGUGAAAACAUAGCCAUUGAAGAUCCUUUCGACCACAGUCAUAACUUGGGCUCAGGAUUGACAAGAAAUAUGAAUAAUUUCAUUUUCAAGACAUUUAUCAAUGGACGAAUGUUACAUGGCAGCCCCAUUGACAACAACAUGGAAUUGUAUAGCAAGUAUAGGAACCCUUAUGACUACUUUUUUGAUUCUGAACUGCUUUCUGAAUCUCGACCCCCAAACAUUCGUGGGUGUCAUUUCUGUGGAAAGAUAGGUCAUCUGGCUAGACAUUGUACUGCCAGGAAAUCAAAUCCACUGUUGUCACAACAGGAUAACCAACAAAAACAAAGGCAGGCAUCUCAGCUACAGCUAAAACCACAAGCCAGUCUUGCACAGUCAGUGCUGCAGGAGAAACAGCUGAUUGACCCAAAACAGCCAAAUUUGCCUUCACAGGAAAGACCCAGAAUUCAGCAGUUACAACAACCAAGCAGGUACAGUCAGCAAGGAGAGAAUGCACAGCCAAAACAGUCAGAAACAAAAGAGUUUCCACAUAAACAGCAAGAAGAACAGUAUAAUAAGCCUUUGGAUAAGCAGCAAAACCAGAAACAAAUGUUACAGCCACACCAAGAAGAAAGAAAGCAAAAUCAGCCUUUGCAGCAGCAGGCUCCUCAAACAAAACAACACCAGACAAGUCAAAGUUCACACUUACAGCAGUAUCAGCAGCAGCAAAAGCAACCACUACUACAGCAGCCUUUGCAUUCAGUACAGCUACAAGAGGAGCAUCAGCAAGUACAGUCAUCACAGCAAAAGCAGCCAUCCAUGACACAACAGCAGCUGGAACCGUUGAGUAGGCUGCCUUCUCAAACAAAUCAGCAAAACAUGCAACCUUUUCAGCCACAGCAACAUCAGCAAAUACAACCUCCACAUCAGCAGCAGCAACAGCAGAGACAACAUCCACAAGAACAGCAAAGACAACCUCUGCAACAGCAGCAGCAACAGCUUCCACAAGAACAGCAACAGGAGCACAAACAACCUCCACAUCAACAGCAGCAGCAGCAGAAACAACUUCCACAAGAACAGCAACAACUGCACAGACAACCUCCACAUCAACAGCAGCAACAACAGAGACAACUUCCACAAGAACAGCAACAUCAGCAGAGACAACCUCCGCAUCAGCAGCAACUAAGACAGCCUUUCCUGCCAAGACAGCAACAUCCCAGACCUUCGGAGCACCAGAUCAGGCAUGCCAUGCCAUUACAAGAGAAACAGGCUUUCCGGUUUCACCACCAGCAACCGUCUCAAAUGCCACAUCAGCAACAAAAUCAGUACCGACAACAGCAUCCACAGUCACAACAACAGCAUCCACAGUCACAACAACAGCAUCCACAGUCACAACAACAGCAGCAGUAUCAUCAUUCCCAAGUACAAA